AUGCAUAAUCUUACAACAUCUCCUAGAUGUCCUUUUAAAUUUCCCACUGAACAUAUGAAAUAGGAUAGUAAAAGCAUGACAUUUAGAGACUUUAUUCAAAUGUAGCAAACCAAGGAGGAGUUGAAAUCAUCAUUUCAAGGUCGAUAGUUUCAAUAGUAAGGCUCUCCGAUUAAUUCGAAAAAGCAAAGAUGGGAAAAAUAGUUAAGCACACUCUUACGAUAAGACCCAUAGAAUGAAUUAUCAAUAAAGCAUACAUCUUAAUGUCAAAUAGCAAUGAAAGAUUUCAUAAAUAAAACAAAGAAUUUCCGAAGUCAUGAGUAAUCUCCUACAAAAACUGCAUAUCAUUUACCAAUGAUAAGCGAUUCCCAAGUCAUCGUGCUUCCAAAUACCCCUGUCCAUUUUAAGUUUAUUCCCAUACAACCAAAAACAAAGGCAUCCAAUUAUAUUGGGUUAAGAAAUGUACAAGAUUAAUUAGAGCAGUUAAAAAGGCCAAGAAUACAUCCAACCCAUAGAGACUUAAAACAGUAACCAAUGACUUAGACUGAAAUUAUCAGCAAAUUCUUUGAAACCAAAUUUCGGAAGAUAAUAAAAACUCAGAUAAAGUAAUAUGGGAGUAACGAAUUGCUUGAUUAACAUUCAGAAACACUUUAUUCACGCAUUAUGCUAGAUAGAUAAUUAAAAAUGAAAUUCUAGGGAAAAUCACUAAAAUACUUGAAGGAUAUUUACAAGAGCAUUUUAGGAAUUGGAUACACUUAAGAGAUCUUGCUCGACCCAUUUAGAAUGAGAAGCAUCCACGCACCAUUGUUUAUAAGGAAGGAAUAAUUUAUUAGAUUUAAAUAUCUGUUUAUAAAUCAAUUUAUGGACAUGGAGACUCCAGUUGAAUUGUUAUUUAAAGGAUGUUAUAAAUUAGAAAAUUUUAAACCAUUAAUAUUAAAUUAAAAAAGUGAUUUUGAGAUAUUUGGGGGAGAGUUUGGAAUUAACGAAAUUGCUAAAAAUAUGUAUGAGAAGAUUUUUAAAGAUUAUACCCUAAGUCCUUAUUUCAAGGCUAUAGAGCUAGAAGAAUAGGCAAUUAAAUUUGCGAAACUAUUUGCUUAAUUAAUAGAUCAUACUGAAUCACCAAAUUAUACACUAGAAGUGUUGAGAGAAAGACAUGUUAAAUACAAGCUUACACAUGUGUAAUUGGCAAAUUUUAAGUUUUAUCUAUCUACUACACUACAAAAAUUAGGAAUCAGAUACAAACAUAUCCGAAUGUUACUGAGGAAAAUGGACACCUACAAGUUUGCGAUAUUAAAUAAAUCAUCAUUAUAAGAAUGCAUUAACAAUUCUCCAGGAGGGUACAGAGAAUUCAUUGAAGGCUUUGUUCGCCUGUGCUCAAGUGAACCAAUACUUUUUGAUUUAGUUUAAAAAAGGGGCAAAUAGAGAUUUACUGCCCAUUGUGAAAAUGUUUUCCAUUAUUUCUUUAGAGAUAACGUCAAGUCAAUUACUGAUAGUGAUAUUGAGAGUAUUCAUAAGAAUAAAACUAUUAUUUCAGAGAAAGUCUUCAAAAAAUUCAAAGAGAAGGCCUUGCAAGCGGUAAGCAAAAUUACUAACGAUCCGAUUUUAUUAAGCGAUUUUGAAGAAGAUUGGGAAGAAAUCACCCCUAUUCUUUUGAAUAAACCUAGAAAAACUGCUAUUAAAUAACUUGGUGGAUAGUUUGUUGUCAAUAGAAUUGCAUCUAAACUUGAAAAUGAGAUUAUGUAAAGACCUUUAUUAUACAAAGUUUUUGAAGAUAAUGAAUCACCUAUUGGGUAAAAUCUAAGAUGUAAACUCAACUUAAUUCUCUAUGGACUUCACUUUUAUAAAAGAACUGAUAUUGAGGUACUACAUAAAAGAUUAAGAAUAAGAGAAUAACCUUACUUCGAAUUUUAAUAAGCAAUGAAAAUAGUGAUGCAAGAUGAACCUUAAAAGUUAUAGUUUGUACUUGAUGUAAUAGAUGAUUACAAAAAACAUAUAGUUUUUGAUUGA